AGGAAUGUGUGUGAUUUGCGGGUUUUUUCGGCGAACAGGGCGACGGGACGUCGGGCCGCCUCCCCGCCCGUAUAAAAGCUUCCAGUCCGCUCCCAGUCUUCCUCUUUCUGUUACCUGGCUAGGGGCAGCAGCUUAGGCCGUGAAAACCCAGAAACACCGAAACUAAGACAAUGGGAAAGGAAAAGAUCCACAUCAACAUCGUGGUCAUUGGCCAUGUCGACUCCGGCAAGUCCACCUCCACCGGCCACCUGAUCUACAAGUGCGGAGGCAUCGACAAGAGAACCAUCGAGAAGUUCGAGAAGGAGGCUGCUGAGAUGGGCAAGGGCUCCUUCAAGUACGCCUGGGUGCUUGACAAGCUGAAGGCUGAGCGUGAGCGUGGUAUCACCAUCGACAUUGCUCUGUGGAAGUUUGAGACCAGCAAGUACUACGUCACCAUCAUUGACGCCCCAGGACACAGGGACUUCAUCAAGAACAUGAUCACUGGUACCUCUCAGGCUGACUGCGCUGUGCUGAUCGUUGCUGCUGGUGUUGGUGAGUUCGAGGCCGGUAUCUCCAAGAACGGCCAGACCCGUGAGCACGCCCUGCUGGCCUUCACCCUGGGUGUGAAGCAGCUCAUCGUUGGAGUCAACAAGAUGGACUCCACCGAGCCCCCUUACAGCCAGGCCCGUUUUGAGGAGAUCACCAAGGAAGUGAGCGCCUACAUCAAGAAGAUCGGCUACAACCCCGCCACUGUCGCCUUCGUCCCCAUCUCUGGGUGGCACGGAGACAACAUGCUGGAGCCCAGCGACAAGAUGUCCUGGUACAAAGGAUGGAAGAUUGAGCGCAAGGAGGGUAAUGCCAAUGGAACCACCCUCCUGGAGGCUCUGGAUGCCAUCCUGCCACCUGCUCGCCCCACCGACAAGCCCCUGCGUCUGCCCCUGCAGGACGUCUACAAAAUCGGCGGUAUUGGAACUGUCCCAGUCGGCCGUGUUGAGACUGGUGUCCUGAAGCCCGGUAUGGUCGUCACCUUCGCUCCUCCCAACCUGACCACUGAGGUGAAGUCUGUGGAGAUGCACCACGAGUCUCUGACUGAGGCUGUCCCUGGCGACAACGUUGGCUUCAACAUCAAGAACGUGUCCGUCAAGGAAAUCCGUCGUGGCUACGUUGCUGGUGACAGCAAGAACGACCCACCCAAGGCCGCUGACAACUUCAACGCCCAGGUCAUCAUCCUGAACCACCCUGGCCAGAUCAGCGCUGGUUAUGCCCCCGUGCUGGAUUGCCACACUGCUCACAUUGCCUGCAAGUUCAACGAGCUCAUUGAGAAGAUCGACCGUCGUUCUGGCAAGAAGCUUGAGGACAACCCCAAGUUUGUAAAGUCUGGAGAUGCUGCCAUCGUCAAACUGAUCCCACAGAAGCCCAUGGUUGUGGAGCCUUUCUCCAACUACCCUCCCCUCGGUCGUUUUGCUGUGCGUGACAUGAGGCAGACGGUCGCUGUCGGUGUCAUCAAGGCUGUGGAGACCAAGGACGUUUCUGGAAAGACAACCAAGGCUGCAGAGAAGGCCCAGAAGAAGAAAUGAAUGGUCGUGAAGGACAUCCAGCAUCAAGAAGUGUGCCGGCAGCAGCGGGACACACUUUCUCCAUCUUCUCCCCACCCUGGAUCUCUUUCACCGAGGCAUAGCUCUCUACUCAAGGACUGGCUUAUGCUGAUUAAAACUCAUCGCAAAAGUUUUCGCAGGAAAAAGAACUUUGUGGCAUUGUCACUUAACUGAAUUGCAUGACAGUGCCUCUUCUGAGUUAAGUUUAUGUUUGAAAUGGUUUAGAACUGUACCUUGAUGUUAAUGCCACAAAUCAAAUUGGAAAGCAAAGCUGCUGGUAACAAAAUAAAACGUCUGGAAAAAAUUGAAA